UUCUCAUUGGUAAUACGUUCGCGUUCCUCAUCCUUGUUUUCAAUGGUUAGUAGAUCGCAACCUUCCUUCUGUGCAACAACGAAUUACUUUUAAAAGUGCGCAAGAUAUCAAACAACUAGCCAUGGACGCAAUUGUUGCUGGAGUCGGCGCAGCCGUCAGCUUUGCCAUGCUCCACACUGUUCACGACUCGGUUCUGGCCCCGCAAGGCCUUUCAUGUCUCUGUCCCCCCCUUGGGGCGGUUGCUGUUUUGUUGUUUUGCUUACCGGGUGCUCCCGCAUCUCAGCCCAAGGCUGUCAUCGGCGGACACAUCCUGGCGGGUCUAAUUGGUUAUGCAGUUGUCGAAAAUAGUAUUCCCUACGGCGAAGCCGUCGCCGUGGCGCUAACCAUUACUGCCAUGACGUUCUUCAAGGUCGUCCAUCCUCCGGCCGGGGCGUACGCCUUCUUGUACGUCAACAAGGGGAUGGGUUGGAAGGGAAUUUUGGCACCGGGUCUUGCCGGUGCAAUCGUUCUGGUUUUUGUCCAGCAUGUCAUCAACAAAGCGAUCAAACCAAUCAUCGUGGGCAAGAAGAAGAAGGAUUGAUAYUCGAUAGGCAUUCUGACUACUUGAUUGAGUCUUUGUACUCUAGGCAUGGUCGGGUCUCGCUAGCACGCAUAGCUCUGAGCACCAAUCGCAGAUUACGAAGUUAAUGGAUGUUAAACUUUUCGAUCGUUGGAGGUUUCUUUCAWGGAUCUCGUAACUUUUCGGCGAUCCUGCUAAAAUAUACGUUUAUCUCUUUUACCUUUUCAUCUAAAGAACCAAUUCUUGCAUACUAUUUCCGUUUUUUUUUCAGCGAAGGACUAAACUUUAAGAUUCCURUUUCGCUUAUAGAUACAUUUGCUGCAGGUCUAGUGUAGAAAUUUUUGAAAACCUGAAGUGGGGCAACGUCUACGCAAGCAAAAAUGGGACAACUGKCGCGACAAUAGAGCUGGUAGUAUUUUGAAUUCUGGUUUCAUCUUACAUUCUUUUUACAUCAUUUACGUCAUCGAAUUGGCGAACAAUCUCUGGAAUAAUCUGCAAUGUUUCAGUAGGAUGAGGAUAUCAAUUUUCCAUGGGCGAAACAUAGUUAUAGUUGUCACAUAUCGUUUCAACCGCAGGUAUCGUUUUUCACUUUCUCUUCUCCCUCGAGUGAUUUUUGGCCUCAUGUCGUUUGAAAGAGCCCUCUAAACAAUCAUUUGUUUCGAUAUUUACGUCUUUCGAACUCUGGAAAAUUGCCGGUUGGACCAAUACUCAAUCCACUUUUUUCUUCACUCCCUCUGUGCGGUAUUCUUUUCGUAGAUAGAUGCCCCACGCAAUCAAUGACAUYACAUGAA